AUGGAACUCUUUGACCAGAACCGUUUUGGCUUGGCCAACGUCGCCAAUCUUCUGUCCAAUCUUGGUCUGGCCCAUCAGCUCGUCAGGAACAACAAAAUCCAUGUACAGUUUGUAUUUGGAGAAAUGUUUCCCGUCCUCCAUGUCGUAGCAUUUCUCGGCCUCCUGGACGGUAUUGAAGACGACGAAAAAUCCAGUUCUGUGAGUAAGAAUGCGAUCGAAGUUAUGGUUGGAAAGAAGCUUUCUGAUAUCGGCAGAGUUCACGUUGCGGGUGUUGACAAACUUGUCGGGAAUUAG